AUGCAUGAAGUUCGAUCAGUAUCAACGUUUUUGGCCGGAGGCCAUAGUGUUGAUUCACGAAGUAUUGGUACGGAGCAUUGGCCGCUAAAGCUGAAUGUACAGUUCUAUGAGCACUCACCUGAGAAGUAUUAUGCCAAGGCAUGCAUUUUAACGGAACGAACAGGACAAAUCACUUGUUUUAUGAACUCAACAUUCAAUAAGGAGGUGCUCAUAGACGAAUGUGGUGCAACCAGAUUAGGAGUCUCAUCAUCGCUGUCGAUGUUGUUGCUUACGAUGGUGAUGGUGAUCUUCUUUGUCGUUGUCGGAGUUGGUAUUGUAUUUUUUGUGCACCAUGUAUUUGUGAAGAUUUCACGUGCAAACAAAUCCAACAGAAAGUUCUAUAAACAGCCACAAUGUGCUUCUUUUUCACCGUCGUCAAUUCACACGAAAAAAAUGAAUAAUGAUGAUGAUCGGCUGACAGUGAUUGAAGAGGAAAAGGAAGAGUCAUCACGGUUCAGUCCAACGCCACCAACUAGCGGAUUCGAAAGCGAUCCACGAAGUUUUUCGUUUAAUUCACAUGAGUACCGAUCGCCUCCAGUGGAUACGGUAGCGAGCGUUCGGGGUUCAAUAUUGCAGACGUUCCGGCCAGCUCCUCAUCCUUUGUAA